AUGGCUCUAAUCUCUGCAGCAAAGGAGGAUAAUGCUUCAUCGAACGAUGGUGCUGCAGGGCUGGGUGGUGGAGGUGGUGGUUGGGAAAAAGCUCGACAAGCAGAGAUCGCUCGCCUAAGGGAAGAGGCACGGCUAAGAGCAGAGGAAGAAGCUCAUCAAUCCUCUAGCUCUAAUCAAGAGGGUGACCAAGAGCAUUUUGAUGAUGCUGCUAGGUCUUUCACUUAUAGUGAGGAAAGUGAGGAGGAAGAAGAAGAGAGUGAGAGUGAAGAGAGUGAAAGUGACGAGGAAGAGAGUGAAGAAGAAGAGGGAGGAGGUGAAGCAGCUGCUUUGCCUCAAGGUGAGCUUAAGCAGCCUAGGCUAAAUAGGCACAUCCGUUUCGACACCCCACCUCCUAGUGCAAACACAUUAUCUGACUCCGGUGGUCGAAACACAGGAGUCAUUAAAACAGAGAAAGGGAAUAGGCAAUUGGGUGACCGCGCAGGAUUUAUGGGAUUAUUUGAUACUCGGCAGGCAUAUCGAAGCUGA